AUGCGAAUGAAAGCGGUUCUAGUUUUGAUAGUGGGAGGAUGCCUCCUAGCGCAGUUUGUGGCUGGAUCUCCUCCUGCGGAUGCCACAUCGGAUACGCAUACGGAUACGGAUACGGAUAGGGACUCCCGCAUGUCAUGGAUAGCCCAGCUGCGGCAGCUGCGGAGCGAUCUGCGGGAGUGCUAUCGAUCUGGAACGUCUCCUAGCCUGUGGUCCUGCUUUCGCUCGCGCAGUCUGCGCCUUUUUGAUGGCAUCAUGGCUGCCCAGGAGAUUCCGCUCUACGAGGGCGUGCGCCUGGUGUCCGGUCCUAAUGACUCCGCGCAUUCGCUGGGAGCUGGAGAGGAGCGCACAGACCUUAAGCAUCUCACCUGGUUCGAUCAACUGGCCGUCAGUCUGGCCAAGGGGCUCACCACGCACACACUUCAAGUAAAUCUGGGAAAGCUGACGGAUCGGUAUCUCAGCAGCGAGGCAGCCACCUCAGAGCUUGUGGGAAGCGCUCGUCUGAGGAGACAUCGCUACAACAUGAUCAUCACGAUGAUGUUUGGAGUCACCGCUCUAGGGGCUAUCCUCGUGCCCAUGGGCUUCCAGAUGCUCUCCAUAGUCAGUGGAAAGGCCCUGCUAUUGGCUAAGAUGGCCCUGCUGCUGGCCUCCAUCAAUGGACUGAAGAGGGUGGCCAACAAUGGUCUACACUACGGACUCUACCAUGUGCCAGGGGAACAUCUGGGCGGGUACUACGAUAGAGGGGAUGUUAACCAUCCACGGAAUGUGCCCAUACCUGUGGCCAUGUCCCCUUCCCUGGAUAUGGGCCUAAAGUAG